AUGAGCGCCGCACAACUAGAGGCAGAUCGCAAGGAAUACGAGAGCCAGCUUGAGCUGGUUAUCACCUCGCUUAAGGAUGACCCGGAUAACGCUGAGCUUCUUGGACUCAAGAAUGAGCUCGAGCAGAUGAUUAAGCUCAUCGAUGACUCUCUCGCCGAACUCAAGCCCAAGCAUGAGCCGAAAGCCGCGCCUAAGAAGGCCCAAUCUCCACCACAUGAGGAGCCAAAGUGGUCGCGCGAGAACCACCCAACUUUUAGGAAGGCUGCCUCUGAAGAGAAAGAACCAGAAACAAUCACCUACCAGGUCAAUGAUAAUGUCAUGGCACGCUGGGUGUCUGGCGACAAGGCUUUCUAUCCGGCGCGCAUCACUGCGGUGACUGGUUCGUCCACGGCACCCAUCUACACUGUCAAGUUCAAGAAUUAUGACACUGUCGAGACGCUCCGUGCUAAGGAUAUCCGGCCGAUUGCACAGAAGCGCAAGGCUGACGGCACUCCCGUUUCGGGCGGCUCCAGCGCCAUCGGUGGUGCAGCUUUAACUGCUGCAACAACCCCGGCCAGUGCUACCUCGCUUACCCCAACAUCCUCCAACAAUGGCAUUGUCCUCUCCGCGGCCGCCGACCUUUAUCCACAUGCCCAAGCGGCAAAAGCAGCGGCUGAGAACAAGGACGACAAGCCGCAACCGAAAUUUAAGAAGCUCAAGGCCACGAAGGAGCUUGAGAAGAGCAAAUCUAAGUGGCAAGAGUUUACAGCCAAGGGGAAGAUCUCCAAGUCAGCAAUGAAGAAGGAGAGCAUGUUCCGCACUCCUGAGGGAAUCAAUGGAAAAGUUGGCUUCACUGGCUCUGGCCAGCCUAUGCGCAAAGACCCGGCUCGAACCCGCCAUGUCUACCAACAUAGUGACGACUUGGACUAG